AUGCAUCCCCUUCGCUGCCGGGGCGGGCGAUCCGUCGGCCAAGUCCUUGUCGCCUCGCUACUGGCCACCAACUCAGUUUUACCAGUGCAAGCAGCCUUUAACCUGGAUACCAACUCCAAAGACGGACUGACACGAUGCGCAGAGUCCGUCACCUCGGUUGCCAAGCAAUUGACCAAGGACAUGAUGUCCUUUUACCAUGGAAACGAGCCCGGGAACACGCCGGGUUUGCUACCCGAGCCGCCCUAUUACUGGUGGGAAGGAGGCGCCCUGAUGGGCACUCUGAUCGAGUACUGGUACUAUACCAAGGAUGAACAGUACGUCUCCAUGACACAAGACGGCCUGCUCGCCCAAAAGGGCGAAAACGACGACUACAUGCCCGACAACCAGACCCUCACCGAAGGGAACGACGACCAAGGUUUCUGGGCGCUAUCCGUCAUGUCCGCCGCCGAAUACAACUUCCCCCACCCGGGUGGCGGUCAGCCCUCGUGGCUGGCCCUGGCGCAAGCCGUCUUCAACACCCAGGCUCCACGAUGGGACGAAUCGAGCUGUGGCGGCGGCCUCCGGUGGCAGAUCUUCGAGUGGAACAAGGGCUGGGACUACAAGAACUCCAUCUCGGCGGGCACCUUUUACGCGCUGGCGGCCCGCCUGGCGCUGUAUACGGGCAACUCAACCUACACGGAGUGGGCCGAGAAGACGUAUGACUGGAUGACGUCCGUCAAAUUCAUCGACGACAAGUUCUACGUGUAUGACGGGGCGCAUAUCCCUAACAAUUGCACCAACAUUGUCCCCUAUCAGUUCACCUACAACGCCGGCUGCUUCAUCCACGGCAGCGCCGCCAUGUACAACCUGACCGAGGACGAAAAGUGGAAGACGCGCCUCGACAACCUCCUCGACGGCGCCGACAUCUUUUUCCGCGGCUCCGGGAACGAUGUCAUGGAGGAGGUGUCCUGCGAGAGCUCGAAUCAGUGCAACACGGAUCAGGAGUCCUUCAAGGCCUACCUCAGCCGCUGGCUGGCCGCCACAACUCAGUGGGUCCCGUCUACGUACGAGCGCAUCAUCCCCAAGCUGCGCGGCUCGGCCGAGGCAGCCAUCAAGCAGUGCACGGGAGGGGACAACGGGCGGCUGUGCGGCCUCCGCUGGAGUACCGGGAAAUUUGACGGCACCACCGGUGUGGGGCCGCAGAUGGCCGCUGUCGAGAUCAUCCUCUCCUGCAACAUCAAGUACCGUGCCCGCAUCUUCACCUCUGAAACGGGCGGUACGAGUAAAGGCGACCCCUCCGCUGGCGGUAAGAGCUCCGAGGAUUCCAUCAAGAAGCUCAAGACCAUCAAUGGCGGGGACACGGCCGGAGCUGCCAUCGUCACCAUCCUCAUCCUAAGCCUCAUGCUGGCCGCUCUCUUCUGGCUCUUCAUGGACGAGGCGUCCGGCGAAGGCCCCCUAGACCAGGUCAAGGGCGGUGGUGCAUCAAUUUUGGCCGUCGCUUCCCUCGCCUCCGGCAGAGGCCAGGCCCAUGAUGACAUGAUGAUUGAAAAGUCCGGGCUGUAUGACAAGUCAUCGUCCGCGUUGAUGACACCCGCCAACGUCGUCACUGUAGAUAAUAGCUUCAACGAGGGCAUCGUCGAGUCUCGGCACUCCCGACGCUCGGCCGUGCCAACGGAAUGGGCUGCCGGCGGCCCAUCCCGGUCCAGCGGGACCGAGGACCAGGGUAGCAGCAGCGACCAGCCCUCGCCGUGCGACCAGCGAUCUGGAGCCCCUCCACGGGCGCUCACUAAUGAUGAGAUUCACGCGGUUCAUACGAGAAGCUCUGAUGGGUCGCGGAGGAAGAGGCUGGUUCACAUUUAG